GCCGCGACUACAACUGUUUUGGCGGGCUCUUAGUAUUUUUCCUAAACGUAGCUAGUAUAUGUGCGUUGUCAGGAUCGGCCGAAGGCUUCUCCUUUGUGACUUGCUAUCCACACGUUAAUUACUUGUAGCAGUAGUGAGGAACACAUGGAAGUCUUCAUGGAUCAUUCCAACCGCUCGUCAAACUCUGUUAACCAUCAAACAAAGAAAGAACGCAGUGUGCAUGGGAAACCGGAGGCAAGUUUGUUGUACUUUCCAUUUGACUAUACUUAUAGUGGCAGAAAAGUGCAAUCAGAACUUGUGGGUACUGGUCAGAGCAGUUAAGCUCCAAAGGCAAGAUAUACUUUUACAACUGCAUGACUGAAGUUUCUCAAUGGCAAAAGCCUCCUGAGUGGGAUUUACCUGAAAUGAACAGGAGAGACCUACUUAAGUUGCUCAGUGAGCGUAAACACACUGAAGAAAACAAUCUGAAAAGAUCACAUAGUAUCUCCGAAAGUGAACCUGGUACAAUUAAAGAUGAGCGCCCACAUCUAUCUAAUGAAUUAAAACGCACAAAGUAUUCGGUUAAUGCGGAGAUUCGGCGUCCAGGUUCAUCACAUCUUGGCACUAAUAUAUCCAACCAUACCGCUGAUGUAGGUCAUACCACAGGAAUUUCCCACAAUGACGGAAAAAACCAUGUUAGCCGUCCUGUGGCUCAUGAUUGUCGGUACGAUCCAUUAAGGAAAACAAAGCUAAAUCAUCUCCCACCCAGGACCUUCACAACAGAUGAUAUGGAAAUAUCUCCAAAUAGCUCCCCAUUGUCAGAUGGGAGCUCUACAAAAUUCCCGCCUAAUAGACAGUUCUCUCCCCAGAAGUCCAAUAUGAGCUUUUGUUCACCAGGUACCCUCAGCUUACAGCGUCCCAGGGACUGCAAAUCUAAAGCAGCAGUAGUCCCGUGCCGUGAAAUUGGCCAGAAACCAGAAAAAUCUACAUUGUAUCAAUUAGUGGAUGCUAUCCGUGCUUCCAUAGGGGAUUUGCUCGAACAGCCACCCAAAUCCUUGUCCUGCGCCUCUGAAAAACCUAUCAAUGGUUCAGUUUAUGAAUCAUGCAAAGCGUCAGUUCCUUCAGAAAACAGUCUGAUGACCACUAACCAGCUUUCUCCAAAUAUUAUCUCAAAAAGAUAUAAGCAAUCCGAUGUCCAUCUCGAUGGCCGAAUAUGUUCGCCCACAGUCUUGAAUUCCAGGCAACUGACAAAAAUGGACAGUCCUGCUGCAUAUCCCAGUUCAGUCAAUGUUGAGUCUCGGAAUUGUAGUGUAAAUAAAGGCUCCUCAUAUGAUCAUGGUCAGGGUUACACAACUGGUAGUAAGAUACUAUAUUCGAUGGGCGAUCCAAGACGCACAGUAAGCUCUAGUCACAGUCCAGCAUAUCCCAAUCCCGUCACUUCUCAGGGCGAAAACCAUCGUUUCCCUUCUAACGCAACUCAUCCUGUUUGCUGUAGUGUUUCGCAUCAGAAUAGUCCAGCUGUGAUUUGCAGUCCACAUAAUCCAAAUAAUACCACCACAUCUGUUUCCAGUGCAUCACAUCAAACUUGUGUCUCUCUAUCUCAUUAUGAUCUGUCGUCACGUCAAGUUGACAAGAUCAUCGAAAUUUUGGCUGAACAAGCUCACUGUCAAAGUACAACUGAGGAACACAAUUUCAACAGAAAUGUGUCACUUAGCUCUAGCAGAUUACCAGAAAAUCUAAAAGGAUCCACGUCACCUGGACAUGCCACUCGAGCACCCAUUUCACAAACCCUUCAAACCAACCAUUCAUUGAACAGAGAUUCCGUAAAUCCUAACACUCGAUCACAACAUACCCAGUUAAAUGAUCUUGUACAGGUUUUGAAAGCAGCUCUGCAUCACCAUACUUCCAACCAUAUGUCUGGAGAUCCUGCAACAUCCGUACAGUCCAAUAAUCGUCUCAAUACUUGUCCGGAUUCAGAUCUUCCUGUCAAUAAAAAAGGUCUUGAGAACAAAGAUAACAUCUCUACGACAACUCAUGUUAGCCCUACCUUUCCAUUACAGAGCGCGGUGUUACGAACUAGCUCUUCCAAUCGAUUGAAUACCGAUUCAUUUCUGUCCAAUAAAGGCAAUCCCGGACUAGACACAUCAGCAUCCCCUGUACCUGCUUGUAAUUUUUCAAAUGUUAGCAAAUCCGCUAAUACAACUGGACAUACACCAGACGUCGUCAAAAAGGAGAUUGCAAAUUUACCAAGUCCUACUUCUGUUUCCCCAUCAGUUCGUUCAAGUCAUUCUACCGCUAUGGCAGUUGACGUCACAACUAAAAGAGGUUUCUCACCUGUUGCACUGUCGGAAAGUGGGUCUAGAUCAGAAAAGUUUACGGAUACUCUAAACAGCUUCGAGAUGAAGUCUUUUUUUGAUCCCAUAUUUAUUUCUAAAUAUCAAGAUGAUACUUUACAACGUCUUGAACAAGAAGCUCAAAUUGAGUCGAAAAAUUUCGAUCGACUACAGAGCGUUCUUUAUGGGGAGCUGUCAGCUGAAUCCAAAAAGUUGCGCGCGUUAGUUCGAAUAAGUGAAGCAAAACUCGCAAUUCAUAAAGAGAAGUGAGUAUAGAAAAGUAUUUAGUUCUGUGGUUAGUAUUCUUAUGAUUUACUUUUAUGUUAGCAAUAAGUUGAAAACCUUAUUUAUUAUGGUGAUAAAUUUAUUUGUUCCUAGUAUUUGAACGUGGUUUUCACUGUAGUACCAAUUAGGAUUCAACUGCACCUAGUAAACUGAGCGAUUGGUAUUAACUAGUCGGUAUAUGACAGGUUUUUAUGUACGUCGUAGCUGGUCAAUGUUGCUUGUUAGAGCAAAAAGCAGCCGACCGUUUUACCUAGAUAUUUUCGACCCAGGGGUUCACAUGCCAUCCGAAUCUUUAAGACUACCGCUCAACGAAAAAAGUUUGUUUGGAAAAUGGUCAAAAUUAUAAACUAUUAUUAGUGUAGACAUCAAUCAUCAUGGACUAUAACCUUAUGUUUCCAUACUAACGAUCAAAGAGUUACACAAAAGCGGUAACCACUAGUUUUCUUAAACUCCCAUCUGCUGUGAUUAUCUGUACAACCUAAAAAGACUAUUUCACGCUAACCGUUUAGGAAAAUAGGUUUUCGUAAUAAAAUAAAUAAUUUUUCGAAUGUCUCAAAUUUCAGGACAGUCAUAAGAUAAAUAGGUAGCAAAAUGUGGAGAAUUAGUUACUGCUUAUGGCAGUGUUAAUUGGCUCUUCUGUGAUCAACCAGAGUAAUCUACAAGUAUAUAAGAGAAGACGCAGCCACUCGUUAUUGAGGAAUAGAAAACGUUUAGAUACUCAAGUACAUUAAUCACUUUCGUUCCGUACACUACUGUAACUAUUCAAAAUAAGGUUUUAAAUUUAUUUUUGCUACAUAUGGACAUAAGUAAAGAUUUACCUGUCAUCUUGCUGGUAUAAAACAGUUUGUUUAUUAUCAGUAUACGGUUGUGGAGAUCAUGAGACGGUUGAUGUAAGACCACUAUUGAAGAUGUGGAAGCACUGGACGGCCGUUUCGUCACAUUACGGGACUCCUCAGCCAUGCGUACCCACGAUCUCGCUCGCGGGAUUCGUACCCAGAGCCUUCAGUUUCGCACGCGAACACUUAACCUCUAGCCCACUGAGCCGGCAUUCAACUGUGUUAAUGUCCAAUCUUCCAGGUUUUCAAUGAUGGUCUAACAUCAUUCGGUUCAUGAUCUCAAUCAAAAAGCGUGUUAAUUCGUUAGUCGAGAUGCAACGUAUACUUUGUAUUUCUCUUAUUCAGACAAACAUCAUUGCAAGAGCUAAUGGACGCGAUUGAAGUGCGAAAACAUCUACCUAAUCUGUCUUUCGUAGAUGAUGUAUUGUAGAUAAUUCGAACUUCUGUUACAUACCUUCCUCGUGUGAUAAUGUUGGUUAUCCUGGACCCUGUUCAACUUGUCCCACUUGAUGGUGGCUGUUCUAUCACAGUAUUUCCCAAGUCUCGAUAACUGGACCUUCAUUUUGCAUUCUACCUAAACACCAUGAUCUUGUUUAUUUCCUUAAAACUGGCUAUCAAUCCUUAUUCUAUUUUCUUAUAGCUCUCUUCAAUCCAUUGUGUAUUAAUGAUCAACAUUUUUUUGUAAGUGAUUGUACAGUUGUACACUUUCUUAAACUUUAUCAGAGUUUAACUGAUGUUUUCCGCUCUGUUUUGGAUAAUUGCCUAAUUCAAUAAAAUUAUG